AUGAAAGACUUCUCAGUCCUGGUUGCAGGUAUCUCUGUAACAUGCGUCGAAGCACUCGAUGCCAUUGAUGCCUCCCCCCGAGCGAUGGCAUACCAUCCGAUUGCUGUUCAGGAAAUGGACCGCGCUGGUGUGCUGGACGACUGCCGAAGGAUUGGCAGCUCAAACAGAGGAAUCUGCUGGCGACAUACUAGGACUAAGGAGAUCAUUGCUGAAAUUGACCGGGCGCCAUCCAAAGAAUUUCCUUAUGAGAAUCUUACCAUCGGCCAGCACCUGCUUGCGGGAAUCAUCUUGGACCACCUGAAACGAUACGACAAUGCGAAAGUGCUGUUCAGCACCAGGUUGACCGCUGUUGAUCAAUCAUCCAACGACUCAGUCAACCUCACCAUCGAGGACUCCACCGGUACUCAAUCUCGAUUGAGCGCAAGCUAUUGCGUUGCGGCCGACGGCGGGCGCUCCACCAUUCGCCGCCUCCUCGACAUCUCCUUCGACGGCUUCACUUACGAAGAGCAGCUCGUCAGCACAAACGUGUACUUCGACUUCGCCGCGCACGGCUGGAAGGACGGUAACUUCAUGGUCGAUCCGGACAACUGGGCGCUCAUCGGCCGGAUCAAUAACGAAGGGCUGUGGCGAGUGUCGUAUGGUGAGAAGCCUGGCCUGAGCCACGAGGAGCUUAAGGAGAGGAUGCCGAUGAAGUAUGCGGCCAUGUUUCCCGGUGAAGGUAAAGUGACUGGAGUGGAUGCAUGGAAGUUGCAGCAGAUGAGUCCGUACCGGUUGAACCAGCGAUGCGCGAGUACGUUUAAGAAGGGACGGAUCAUGCUGGCAGGUGAUGCUGCGCACUUGUGUAAUCCGUUUGGUGGGUUGGGGUUGACUGGCGGAAUCAUGGAUGCGGCUGCCGUGGCGGAUUCUUUGAUCGGGAUACAUCAAGGCAAGACGAGCGACGCUAUUCUCGAGAAGUAUGCAGAAGUGCGGCGAAAGAUCUUCGUUGACACAGUCAACCCAACCAGCCAAACGAACAAGACAAGACUGCACGAUCCCGAGCCGGACACUAUCGGUGAAAGGGAUCCGUUCUUGAGCAUGCUACGAACGGCGACGAAGGAGGAGAAGCAGGUUGUCCGAUCGAAUGCGAUAUUGGCCGUGGACAUGUCCGAGUACUUUGAUGGAGUGCAGUCGAGCAACGGCUUGCCGAGAAGCGAUGUGAAGGUGGAUGACCAGCAGAGUAUUGGCAUCCAGGGCAAUGCACCGCAGACGACUACUGUGCACUGA